AUGGAACACGCACUGGCACGAAAGCGGUCCUUAACCUCUCUUCGACGUAAGCGAUCAGACUCCGCAACAUCCACGACACCGAGCGACCAAAAGCCGCGCGAGGAGAAAAGUGCCCCAUAUCGAGAUGCGCGCUACGAGAUCCUGCUGGCCACAAAAGGCACAUUCAUGGAAACAUCAGAGGAGGGGAUUGCAGAGGAGAGUAAACAGCUUUACCGGGACCUACUCGAAGGCGAUCAUCACUUUCCUCAAGGAACGAUCUUCGACGGCGACGUGUUCGAGAGAGCUUACAAGAAUUUCCACAGCAAGAACGAAGCCAGGAUCAUCCAAGACAUAUCUAGACUUCUUGUUCCUUCAGCGGAAACCCUUUCACUCUAUAGCAAGGAACUCCGGAUUUUAACGGAGAGUGUCAAUGAGGGAUGGAACAACUCGAUCGCCCUGACGGGGACUCGUCCGCAACCGGACUACUCUGUCGGCUUCCGGCGAGAAGCAUUCACUGAUGACCAGCUCACCAAGUUGUCGCCGUUCAUUGGCGACUUCAUUGCCGGCGACCUAUCCUUCUUCAUGGCUACAUACUACAUGUACUUCCCCUUCCUCGCUUGCGAGGUGAAAUGCGGGGCCGCAGCACUCGACGUCGCGGACCGCCAGAACGCUCACAGCAUGACCGUAGCGGCGCGGGGCAUCGUCGAGCUGUUCCGUCUUGUUAAGCGUGAGAAUGAAGUCCACCGGCAAGUACUAGCCUUCUCCGUCUCACACGACCACCGAUCCGUACGGAUCUACGGCUAUUACCCAGUGAUCGAUGAGAAGGAUACCAAGUACUACCGUCACCCUAUCUAUAUGUUCGACUUCACGGCACUUGAUGGUAGAGAUAAAUGGACCAUAUAUCAAUUCGUCAAGAACGUCUAUGACACUUGGGUGCCGGAUCACUUCAAGAGGAUUUGCUCAGUUAUUGACCAGUUACCGUCAAAGAUAGACUUUGGUGUCGCAGCAUUCUCUGAUUCGACUGGUCUCUCCCAGGACGUCGAGACACAUCUGGCGUUGUCGGAGGCGGGUUCUGAAUCGCUCUUGAUGGACGAAGAGGAUCGGUGGGAGAAGGCUGGCCAGAUAGUUACCCUAGAUACAUUAUUUUCGAGACUGGGCCCUGCUAAAAGGAGAAAGAGUCCAGUUAAGAAGCUAUAG